GAGUUACAAAAAUAAAAAAACAGCAUUCAAAACUUCGAAAUCGCAACAACAACUCUGUCAGAGAAAACUCACCACUCAACCCAAAAUCUCCCAAAUCUCUCUCUCUCAACAAACUGAAAAUUGAAAAAUAAAAUAAAAAACAAACCAAAAACCCAUUUCUCUGACUUUGAAAAGUCUCACACUCUCUCAGAGUGUGUGUGUGUGAUUUCUAAAAAACCCAUUUUUGCUUCCUUGCUGAUCAAAACUCCCCAAACCCUAAUUAGGGUUACCGUUGGACCCGCCACCCCCACCCCGACCCAAAUGCAAUAUGCAACACCUCGUCCUCCUCUUCCAUCUCCAACAAUGAAACGAGACAACCACAACCACAACAACCACCACCAUCAAAAACCAAUUCACCAUUCAACGAUUCCCUGCGGCGCUUGCGGCUCCCCAGACCGGUGGCCCCUCCACACAGUUCGACACAGAGGUAGCUACCGCCGCCUCUGCACCGAUUGCGUCCUAAAAAACCACCAGUCCCUCUUUUGCCCACUUUGCUUCCAAGUGUUCGACGAAAUGCCUCCGCCUUUACCCGCCGAUCGUCUCGUUUGCCUCAAUUGCCCUUCGAUCGCUCACCGUUCUUGUGUCCCACCUGACUCUUCCGCUCCCUCUUUUCUCUGUCCUCCCUGCUCUAACCCUAAUUUCUCUUACUUCUUCUCCGAUUCCGAUCCCGACGCCAAGACCAAGCGAAUCAAGACCGAGGACGGAGGCAACUCCUCUCUCCGCGGUCACACUGAGAAAGCGAUUGAUAAGGAAUCCGCCAAGGCUUUAUUAGCAGCGGCAAAGAUUGCUGCCGCGUCUAUGAACAAGGCAGCCGCCACAGCUCAGGCCGAAGCCGAAAAGCGCGUUAAGGACGCUUCCUUGGCCAAGAAGAAAGCCAAGGAAGCGUUGGAGCGUCUCGCGUUUCUUAUGUUGAAAGACAAGGACAAGGAGAAGCAAGAUUCGAAGCAGCUGCCUCUCUCCGUCACGCCAAUUCAGGCUUUGAUUAGCAACAAAGGGAAUGGGAGUGGCGGCGGUGAUGGGGGCGGAGCAGCAGCAGCCAAGGCGACUAAUGGGUUGCAUUCGCUUUCGGCUGCAGCUGCUGCUUUCAGUCAACAAAGCAGUGGUGUUGGUGGUCAUGCUACCAAGACUCCGAAUUGAAUGAGCUAAAGUGAGGUUGAGAAAAUAUCUGUGAGUUUGUUUCUUGUAGAGAAUUGAUGCUUUUAGAAUAGGUUUUGUUGUGCACUCUCAAAGUCUCAACUUUUCACAAUUUGUGUAGAAUGUUGUUUCAGAACUGUGCUUCUUUGGCCAACCCCCCCAUUUGUACUUUUUUUUUUAAUGUUAACUCCCAUAUAUUUUUCUAAUA